CAGACAGCGAGUGAGUGAGUGCAUAUAUAUAUAUAUAUACACACACACACACACACACACACACACACAGUGUUGAAGUAAGAGAGAGUGAAACCUCAGAGACUCUUAGUUAGAAGAACUAAAGAAAAAAAAUGUGUUUACGGACGCUUCUACAAUGAAGAGGAACGUUUAGAAAAACUAUAAAAACAAAACAAAGUGUUCACAUUGAGACAGGUAUAAGUGAGUCAUUUUGGUGAAUAGGUACAGUUUUGCUGCUGGCAAAAUGCAUCCAUCCAGAUCUUCAACACCAGUUGAUGGUGCCCAGUCUGUUUCACCUGCGCUAAUUCAAUCAAAAUCUGCCAUUUUGGGAUCUCAAGGGGGUCUAUUGCCUCCACAAGCAGCAUUUUCUUCAGUUGGACCUCCACGUGAAUGUAACUUGAAUUUGGUUGGCCAUGCACCUAAUGUUUCAUCUUUUCUCAAUCAAACAUUUGGCAGUGGGGGAUUGAACACCAGCAUCUCUGGUUUGGGUGUUUUCCAAAGAGGAAGUGGUGAUACCACUGCUGGCUCUGAUUCUCUUUCGACUGGAGCAAAUGACAUUGGUUUCAGUCCUCCAAUAUUUGCGCCAUCAAACAUGACAAAUUCUGGUUCAUCCAAUCAAUUUCAAAAUUCUCAAAUAUCAACCUCUUAUAGGAAUCCAAUGUUGCCAGAUCAACAACAAUCUCAAGUUAAGAAAUUUGAGUCACAGAAGUUCCAGCAUAGAUCAAUGCAACAGUCAUCUGUUUUGUUCAGCCAACCACAGCCACAUCAACUGCAACAGCAACAGCAGCAGCAGCAGCAGCAAUUCCAGUUGAUUCAAGGUGGGUUAGGGGGUGUGCGCACUGUAAAGUUGGAGCCACAGAUGUUCAAUGAUCAGAUUGGCCCUCAACAACAGUUGCAGUCUGUGCAGAAUGUUGGUUCAGUAAAGCCAGAGCCCCAACAGAACCAGAUGGGAAGAAGCAUACGACCUAUCAAAUUAGAACAUCAUCAUUCUGACCAAGUGAUGCUUUUGCAGCAGCAACAACAUCCUUUCCAUCAAAGGUCCAGGCAGUCUUCUCAAGCUGUCAAUGCACAAAUGAGUUUUUUGCAGCAGCAGCGAAUUAUGCAGCUGCAGCAACAAGAGAACCAACAACUCUUGAAGACUGUUCCUGAGCAACAGCCCCAUCUAUACAAACAGUUUCAACAGCAGACCUUGCCCAUUAGAUCUGCUGUGAGACCUAUAUAUGAACCGGGAAUGUGUGCUCGGCGUUUGUCACAAUACAUGUAUCAGCAGCAGCACCGACCUGAAGAUAACAAUAUUGAAUUCUGGCGGAAAUUUGUUGCUGAAUUUUUUGCUCCAAAUGCGAGGAAGAAGUGGUGUGUUUCAUUGUAUGGAACUAGCCACCAAACGAAUGGUGUUUUCCCUCAGAAUUUGCAGGAUGUAUGGCACUGUGACAUAUGCAAUUGCAAGCCUGGUCGUGGUUUUGAAACAACUGUGGAGGUUCUGCCCAGGCUAUUCAAAAUCAAGUAUGAUAGUGGUACUUCACAAGAGCUUCUUUUUGUUGAUAUGCCCCAUGAAUAUGAAAAUACAUCUGGUCAAAUUGUCCUUGAGUAUACAAAAGCAAUACAAGAAAGUGUUUUUGAGCAACUUCGUGUUGUAUGGGAUGGUCAACUUCGUCUUAUUUUCUCUCCAGAUCUAAAGAUUUUCUCCUGGGAGUUUUGUGCACGACAUCAUGAGGAGCUCAUCCCUCGAAGGAUACUAAUACCCCAGCUUAGUCAGGUUGGAGCUGCUGCUCAAAAAUACCAAGCAUCUGCUCAAAAUGCAUCAACCAACUCAUCUUCACAAGAUUUACAAAUUAAUUGUAAUAUGUUUGUUGCAUCUGCUCGUCAAUUAGCAAAAACCUUGGAGGUGCCUUUAGUCAAUGAUGUAGGGUAUACAAAAAGAUACGUUCGAUGCCUUCAGAUAGCGGAAGUGGUUAAUGUUAUGAAGGAUCUGAUUGAUUAUAGUCAACAGACAGGAAAGGGACCCAUAGAAAGUUUAGCCAACUUCCCUUGUGUGGCCAGCUCAUUAUCUAAGCCGCAUAAUUCAGUUCAGCAAAUUAAUGAGCAGCAGCAAAUUAUGGAAGAGAAAAUUAAUGAUCAAUCAUUACAGGGAACUGCCAUGCAGCCUUCUUCAAAUAAUUGUGUUAUAAGUGUAAACAAUUCCCAGUCCACAACAUCCACCUUGACCUCUGCCACCUCUGUUGUUGGGCUUCUCCAUGAGAACUCCAUGAACUCUCGGCAUGAAUAUCAAAUGAACACUCCAAGCAGUCCUUAUGCUGGGACCCCUGGUCAGAUUCCAUCUGCAGGGUCCUCAACCACCAUGCCUCCAGACCAACUCAAUCCCUCUUCUCCCUUCUUAUCUCCAACUUUAUCCUCUUCCUAUAAUCCCCCUCAAACCUCUCAUAAUGCAUUAACAGUAUCGGCCACUUCAAGCCACCGUAUCAAUUUAGCAAAUUCACCGAAGCAAAUCCCGUUACAGCAUUCAUCUCAGUCAGAAGCCAACCUAAAUGAAUCCCAGAGCUCUAUUGAGAAAAUCCUACAAGAAAUAAUGAAUUCAUCACAGUAUAAUGGAGACAGUAGCAUGGUCUCUGUUGGAUCCUUGGGGAGUAAUAUGAACAAUGUGAACAGUCAUAGCAGUGCACUCACCAGUACCAACUCCCUAGUGGGGAAUGGAAUUGUCAAUAAGAACAAUUCAGGUCUUCCUUGUGGAAGAUUUGGAAACCAGAGUGGUAGCAUUGGUCUUUCUAACAACGCUAGUGGAAUGAGGACUGCCAUGGGGAAUAACUAUGGCACUUUGACUGGAAGGGUAGGCGUGCCAUUGAUGCCUCAGGAUGCUAACAUGAACCUUGAGCAACAAGAAUUGGCUAAUGGGUUUCUUAAUACAGUAAAUGGUUUCAAUGGUCCCCAAUUUGAUUGGAAGUAUCCCUAGAGACGCUGGUUAGAUUUGCUCAUCAAGCAAGUUGCUUGCGCCUACUGAUAUGUUCUUGUGCCAUAUGAAUCCAAGAUUGCUCCCUACCGUAUCAUUUUGGAUUUGGAGGUCUCAUGCAAAGGUACAAGAGGUUUCUCACAUCCAGUACGAAAGACACAAUCUAUAAAAAGAUACUGCAGCAGCUGACUGCUAAUCAACUCUGGGACAAGGAGAGAACAAGCCUGAACUUUCUUACUGUCUUAAGUUUUGGUGCAAAAAGUUUACUCCUUUCUUUAUAACCUUAAUUUUACUCCAUUGGGCUUUUAGGAAAAAAAGUGAUCGGCAGAAAUUUGUAUAUAAGGCCAUCUUGCUUUAUUGAUGAAAAUCAGUGACCUUGAUCUUGAUAUC